GAAGCAGUCAUCCAUGUGGUUACUAGGCGACAGCCAGCGGUCCCAAAAGGCCAAGCUGGAGGAGAGGGUGGUGCCUCAACUCAUCACCAACAUGGACCAGCUGAGCUUAAACUCCACCCACAAUUCUACAAACUCCUCCUACAAUAGCGCCAUGAGCUCCGACCGUCUGACAGAGAGUGAGACAGGUGACAGUGGACUUGGUCUGACUCAGGGAGACAAACUUAGAGCCCUAAAGAGCAGACGACCCCCCCGCCCCGCCACCACCGGAGCCCUCAGGGUGGAGGAGAUGAAGAUGCACAGCAGAUCGGCCUCACAGCCGCUCAGAAUGUCGUUGGGUGCCGGGCAGAGUCCCUCCUCUCCCCUCAAGUCCUCCAAGUUCCCAGCAUCCUCUGCUUCUGCUGCUGCCAAGAGGAUUGGACGAAGUCCUUCAUCAUCAGUGUCAAACAUCAGGAGCUCUCGGUUGGCGGUGUCUCUCAGUGAUCUUUACUCUGCAGACUUGGAGGAGGAUGGCUCUCCUUACUCUCCUCUUCCUCCCUCCUCCUCUUCCUCUUCUAUCUCCUCUGUGUCUGUCAGCUCCUUCCCUUCCCCUCUGGCUCCGCCCCCUCCGUGUCGCUAUGGAAAUGGUCCUCGAGGCCUGCAACAGGAGGUCAACAAUAACAACGGGGUGUACGGGGGCUCUGCGGCACCACCUGCAGGAAAAAACUUGGGUGUGAUCCUGAGCAGGGCGGGGCCUCAGGACUUCAGCCCGUACAGGGGCUCCUACAGCGCUCUGCAGGGGCCGUCAGGACGCUACCUGAGCCGCUCCAUACCUUCUCUUCAGUCUGAAUACAUCCAGUACUAAAACUACAGCCCUGACCUGAGGACUCAUUACCCACAAUGCCCCUGUGAGGGGGUCUCAAAGGGAAGCAGCAGCCUGCAGCUGAGUGACUGAAGAGACUGAGCUGGAAACAGCUGCUGCCUGUGUGUACUGUAUGCUAACGGCUACAUGCUAACGUUUGUAAAUGUGAUGGUCGUGUGUUCGGCUGAAACAGAAAAUAUAUUUAGAUAAAGAUCACAGAUUUUAUAUUUCUAAUAUGUGACAGAAGAAAACAUAUUUUUGUUUUGAAGAUUUUUGAUAAAAAGAAGGAUAAGCUGAUGUGUGUGUGUGUGUGUGUGUGUGUGUGUGUGUGUGUGUGUGUGUGUGUGUGUGUGUGUGUGUGUGUGUGUGUGUGUGUGUGUGUGUGUGUGUGUGUGUGUGUGUGUGUGUGUGUGUGUGUGUGUGUGUGUGUGUGUGUGUGUGUGUGUGUGUGUGUGUCAGGAGGACAUGAAGGUUUUUAGAUGAUCUGUAUCAGAAGCUUUUUGUAUAAUGACAUGAAUCUGUUUGACCUCUGACCUUCUCUACGUCUCGUCUCACAUUAAUAGACUUGACUCGUUAGCGCCCUCUGAAGGCCGAAUGUAAACAGAACAGCUGAUUGUGAAACAGUAGUCUGAAGGAAUCGUAUUAAUUAUGUUCACUUCUAAAUGUUUUUAGUUUUUUCGGAGUUUGAAAACAGCCUGAAAGGAGGAGUCAGUAGAAAUGUUUGUAAACAUUAAAA